AUGGCUAUGGUCCACGAUCAUCAUAAUGAAGCGGAGAAAGUCCUUGUUAAAACCCGAGCAUUUGAAAGAGCAAAAGAACUGUUAGAGAAAAACGGACACGUGGUGAUUAAAGGCGUACCUGGAUCCGGAAAGACGACAUUAGCCAAGUACUUGUUGAAGAUAUCCAUGGAUGGAGGGAAACGUCCUCUUCAAGUCUUUCAGAUGUCAAAACUUUACGGACGGGUCUCACGGUGUGACAACCUGGCGAUAUUUAUUGAUAAUGCCUUCGGGGAGUCAUCGUUUUCUAUAAAUGACUUCAACAGUUUCAUAAAUAAAAAAAACGUCAUAGAAACUCUUGUGAAACCUUACAACAGUGAAAUGGAAAAUAUCCUUAUACUGACAAUCAGAAACGAUAUUCAUAUGGAAAUUGCCUCUAAACAGAAGAGAUCAAAUCUCUUUUUUUCAUCAGUGACUGAUUUAUCAACUGGUGAAUAUGCUUUAGAAUCUGAAGAGUUCAUCAUGUUUCUCAACAAUUAUAACCUUCCAAGAAAUAUAAAGGAGGACAUAAAAUUAAGACAAGCCGAUUUAUAUUUACCCUUGGGAUUUCCACAAUGUUAUAUCAAAUCUUCAUUUGGCGAAAAUGUAUUACAUUAUGCUUCGCAAUCAGGAGAUUUAAAUCUAACCAGCUACCUGGUAGCUAAAAACCCAGAUUUAAUAGAAGCCAAAGCCAAUGACGGGAACACAAUAUUACACUCUGCCUGUAUAAGUGGAAACAGAGAAUUGAUUUCCUUUCUGAUAGAGAAAGGUUUGGAUAUAAAUGCACUGACAAAUGAUGGGGUAAAUGCCCUUCAUAUUGCAUGUCGUCAUGGUAAAUAUGAUGCAUGUGAGUUCCUUGUCACUAAUUAUCCACAAUUAAUUGACGUCAGAGACAAUGAGGGGUACACAGUAUUACUCUUGGCAUGUGUAAAUGGAAACAGGAGAUUGAUCUCCUUUCUGAUAGAGAAAGGUUUGGAUAUAAAUGCACUGACAAAUGAUGGGGUAAAUGCUCUUCAUCUUGCAUGUCGAAAUGGCAAAUAUGAUGCAAGUGAGUUACUUGUCACUAAUUAUCCACAACUAAUUGACGUCAGAGACAAUAAGGGGUACACAGUAUUACACUGGGCAUGUGUAAAUGGAGACAGCAAAUUGAUUUCUUUUCUGAUAGAGAAAGGUUUGGAUAUAAAUGCACAGACAAAUGAUGGGGCGAAUGCUCUUCAUAUUGCAUGCUUUAAAGGUAAAUAUGAUGCCUGUGAGUUCCUUGUCACUAAAUAUCCACAUCUAAUUGACGUCAGAGACAAUAAAGGGGACACAGUAUUACACCUUGCAUGUGUAAAUGGAAACAGGAGAUUGAUCUCCUUUCUGAUAGAGAAAGGUUUGGAUAUAAAUGCACUGACAAAUGAUGGGGUAAAUGCUCUUCAUCUUGUAUGUUGUAAUGGUAAAUAUGAUGCAAGUGAGUUAUUUGUCACUAAUUAUCCACAACUAAUUGACGUCAGAGACAAUAAGGGGUACACAGUAUUACACUUGGCAUGUGUAAAUGGAGACAGGAAAUUGAUUUCUUUUCUGAUAGAGAAAGGUUUGGAUAUAAAUGCACUGACAAAUGAUGGGGAAAAUGCUCUUCAUAUUGCAUGUCGAAAUGGCAAAUAUGAUGCAAGCGAGUUACUUGUCACUAAUUAUCCACAACUAAUUGACGUCAGAGACAAUAAGGGGUACACAGUAUUACACUGGGCAUGUGUAAAUGGAGACAGGAAAUUGAUUUCUUUUCUGAUAGAGAAAGGUUUGGAUAUAAAUGCACUGACAAAUGAUGGGGAAAAUGCUCUUCAUCUUGCAUGUUGUAAUGGUAAAUAUGAUGCCUGUGAGUUAUUUGUCACUAAUUAUCCACAACUAAUUGACGUCAGAGACAAUAAGGGGUACACAGUAUUACACUUGGCAUGUGUAAAUGGAGACAGGAAAUUGAUUUCUUUUCUGAUAGAGAAAGGUUUGGAUAUAAAUGCACGGACAAAUGAUGGGGAAAAUGCUCUUCAUAUUGCAUGUCGAAAUGGCAAAUAUGAUGCAAACGAGUUACUUGUCACUAAUUAUCCACAACUAAUUGACGUCAGAGACAAUAAGGGGUACACAGUAUUACACUGGGCAUGUGUAAAUGGAGACAGGAAAUUGAUUUCUUUUCUGAUAGAGAAAGGUUUGGAUAUAAAUGCACAGACAAAUGAUGGGGCGAAUGCUCUUCAUAUUGCUUGUUUUAAAGGUAAAUAUGAUGCCUGUGAGUUCCUUGUCACUAAAUAUCCACAACUAAUUGACGUCAGAGACAAUAAAGGGGGCACAGUAUUACACUGGGCAUGUGGAAAUGGAGAGAGGAAAUUGAUUUCUUUUCUGAUAGAGAAAGGUUUGGAUAUAAAUGCACUGACAAAUGAUGGGGAAAAUGCUCUUCAUAUUGCAUGUCGAAAUGGUAAAUAUGAUGCAUGUGAGUUAUUUGUCACUAAUUAUCCACAACUAAUUGACGUCAGAGACAAUAAGGGGUACACAGUAUUACUCUGGGCAUGUGUAAAUGGAGACAGGAAAUUGAUUUCUUUUCUGAUAGAGAAAGGUUUGGAUAUAAAUGCACUGACAAAUGAUGGGGAAAAUGCUCUUCAUAUUGCAUGUCGAAAUGGCAAAUAUGAUGCAUGUGAGUUACUUAUCACUUAUUAUACACAAUUCAUUGACGUCAGAGACAAUAAGGGGGUCACAGUAUUACACUGGGCAUGUGUAAAUGGAGACAGGAAAUUGAUUUCUUUUCUGAUAGAAAAGGGUUUUGAAAUAAAUGCACAGAUAAAUGAUGGGGAAAAUGCUCUUCAUAUUGCUUGUUUUAAAGGUAAAUAUGAUGCAUGUGAGUUACUUGUCACUAAUUAUACACAAUUCAUUGGCGUCAGAGACAAUAAAGGGGGCACAGUAUUACACUGGGCAUGUGGAAAUGGAGACAGGAAAUUGAUUUCUUUUCUGAUAGAGAAAGGUUUGGAUAUAAAUGCACAGACAAAUGAUGGGGAAAAUGCUCUUCAUAUUGCAUUUUUUAAUGGUAAAUAUGAUGCCUGUGAGUUCCUUGUCACUAAUUAUCCACAAUUAAUUGACGUCAGAGACAAGGAGGGGUGCACAGUAUUACACUGUGCGUGUGUAAAUGGAGACAGGAAAUUGAUUUCUUUUCUGAUAGAGAAAGGUUUGGAUAUAAAUGCAUUGACAAAUGAUGGGGAAAAUGCUCUUCAUAUUGCAUGUCUUAAUGGUAAAUAUGAUGCCUGUGAGUUCCUUGUCACUAAUUAUCCACAAUUAAUUGACGUCAGGGACAAUAAGGGGUACACAGUAUUACACUGUGCGUGUGUAAAUGGAGACAGGAAAUUGAUUUCUUUUCUGAUAGAGAAAGGUUUGGAUAUAAAUGCACAGACAAAUGAUGGGGCGAAUGCUCUUCAUAUUGCAUGCUUUAAAGGUAAAUAUGAUGCAUGUGAGUUCCUUGUCACUACAUAUCCACACCUAACUGACGUCAGAAACAAUAAAGGAGGCACAGUAUUACACAUGGCAUGUGUAAAUGGAGACAGGAAAUUGAUUUCUUUUCUGAUAGAGAAAGGUUUGGAUAUAAAUGCACUGACAAAUGAUGGGGCAAAUGCUCUUCAUAUUGCAUGUCUUAAUGGUAAAUAUGAUGCCUGUGAGUUCCUUGUCACUAAUUAUCCACAAUUAAUUGACGUCAGAGACAAGAAGGGAGGCACAGUAUUACACUUUGCAUGUGUAAAUGGAGACAGGAAAUUGAUUUCUUUUCUGAUAGAGAAAGGUUUGGAUAUAAAUGCAUUGACAAAUGAUGGGGAAAAUGCUCUUCAUAUUGCAUGCCUUAAUGGUAAAUAUGAUGCAUGUGAGUUCAUUGUCACUAAUUUUCCACAAUUAAUUGACCUCAGAGACAAUUACGGUUGGACAGUAUUACACUCUGCAUGUGUAAAUGGAGACAGGAAAUUGAUUUCUUUUCUGAUAGAAAAAGGUUUGGAUAUAAAUGCAUUGACAAAUAAUGGGGAAAAUGCUCUUCAUAUUGCAUGUCUUAAUGGUAAAUAUGAUGCCUGUGAGUUCCUUGUCACUAAAUAUCCACAAUUAAUUAACAUCAGAGACAGUAAGGGGUACACAGUAUUACACUGGGCUUGUGUAAAUGGAGACAUGGAUUUGAUUUCUUUUCUGAUAGAGAAAGGUUUGGAUAUAAAUGCACUGACAAAUGAUGGAAAAAAUGCUCUUCAUAUUGCAUGUCGUCAUGGUAAAUAUGAUGCAUGUGAGUUCCUUGUCACUAAUUAUCCACAAUUAAUUGACGUCAGAGACAAGGAGGGAGGCACAGUAUUACACUGUGCAUGUGUAAAUGGAGACAGAAAAUUGAUUUCUUUUCUGAUAGAAAAAGGUUUGGAUAUAAAUGCACUGACAAAUGAUGGGAGAAAUGUCCUUCAUAUUGCAUGUCUUAAUGGUAAAUAUGAUGCAUGUGAGUUCCUUGUCACUAAUUAUCCACAAUUAAUUGACGUCAGAGACAAUAACGGGUACACAGUAUUACACUCUGCAUGUGUAAAUGGAGACAGAAAAUUGAUUUCUUUUCUGAUAGAAAAAUGUUUGGAUAUAAAUGCACUGACAAAUGAUGGGGAAAAUGCUCUUCAUAUUGCAUGA